AUGCACUCCGGCCUGUCCCUAGACAGCUCUGUGGCGAGAUCUGACAAAGUCAUGGACGAAGAGAAACAGGACCAUCCGACCUCUGGAGAAGACAAUUCCACCAGCCCGGAGGACACUGCGGACCUUGAGACGAAUGAGCCUGUCGAAUUCGACGAAAAUGACAGAGAAAACCCCAGAUAUUUCAGCACACCAUACAAAUCUCUAAUCACCCUUCAGCUGGGCUUCCUUGCUCUUGUCGGUUCCAUCGCAAGCUCCAUCAUUUCUCCAGCUGAACUCGUAAUUUCUCAAUACAUCGGUGUCAGCGAAGAGGUGACGGUGUUGGUCGUUGCCCUCUAUGUUCUAGGCUUUGCCUUCGGCCCUAUGAUGUGGGCUCCUAUCUCAGAGGUAUAUGGUCGUAAAUGGAGUAUUUUACCAGCCGUUUUCAUCCAAGGCCUCUUCAGUAUCGGUACUGCAACCAGUACGAAUGCCGCGAGUGUCUUCAUCACCAGAUUCUUUGGAGGUCUCUUCGGGUCGGCGCCUAUCAGCAACGUCGGUGCUGCGCUUGGAGAUAUGUACGAACCUCGAGCUCGAGGCAUCGCUGUGACAUUCUACGCAGUAAUGGUGGUCGGCGGUCCAUGUCUUGGGCCAGUGAUUGGCGCUGCCUUGACCGUCAAUCCUAAUCUUGGCUGGAGAUGGACCGAAUAUAUUGCAGCAAUCUUUGCCUUCUUUAUGGUGGCAUUGACCUUCUUCACAUUGCCCGAGCUGUACAGUCCUGUUUUACUGAAAAGGAAGGCUCGACGUGUGCGCAAAGAGACGGGAGACGACCGCUUCUGGCAUCCUCACGAGUCAGAGAAGAUGAAGCCUUCCAACAUUCUCACCAAGUACUUCUCUCGACCCAUACGAAUGCUGGUAACUGAACCAAUGGUCACGUGUAUCGCUGCAUAUGCUUCUUUCGUAUACGGCAUUCUUUACAUGACGCUGGAAGUCUUCCCCAUCGUGUUUCGCGAGGAGAGGGGUUACAGUACCGUCGUCUCGACGCUGCCUUUUCUCGCCCUGUUCGUAGGUGUUCUGUGCGCUGUUGGAAUCAACUUGGCCAAUCAAUCUUUUUAUGCAAAGGCCAUGGCGAAGAACAACGGUAAUGCAGCGCCAGAAGCCCGGCUACCCCCGAUAUUCAUUGGCGGCUUUCUUUUCACGACCGGGCUGUUCUGGUUCGGCUGGACAGCAGACCCAAAAUACCAUUGGUCAUUGCCCACAGUCGCAGCUGCUUUCAUCGGAGCAGGCUUCAACACCAUCUUUCAGCAAUGCAUCAACUAUCUCAUAGACGUCUACGGACGAUACGCAGCAUCUGCAGUUUCGGCGAACACGUUCUUACGAUCAAUCAUCGCUUGUGGCCUCCCUCUAGCCGCUGGACCCAUGUUCAGAAACAUGGGCGUAGGCCCUGCAACAAGCGUCCUCGGCGGUAUCUCCUGUCUUGGACUUCCUCUGCCAUGGCUGUUUAUGAAAUAUGGCCUGAAACUUCGCAUGAAGUCCAAAUUCGCACCCGUGAAGAAGGGUUGA